CGUCCACGUGUAGAAGAAAUAUCGUAGCCUUCCACUGAAACCCUAGGGUUUCUUAUUCACGGUGGAGAAUUAAAACAGAGCCUCCUCUUUCACUUUGGUGUCUCUCAUCUCUUCCACCUUUGGCUUCUCUUUCAGAUCUCAAAGAUGUAUACAUCAAGGAAGAAGAUCCACAAAGAUAAGGAUGCUGAACCAACAGAAUUUGAGGAGUCUGUUGCGCAGGCAUUCUUUGAUUUGGAGAAUACCAAUCAAGAUCUGAAAAGUGACCUUAAAGAUCUCUAUAUUAAUUCUGCAGUCCAAAUUGAUGUUUCUGGGAGCCGGAAAGCUGUUGUUAUCCAUGUCCCAUAUAGAUUGAGGAAAGCUUUCCGCAAGGUUCAUGUUAAGCUUGUGAGGGAACUUGAAAAGAAGUUCAGUGGCAAGGAUGUGAUUCUUAUUGCCACCCGGAGGAUAUUAAGGCCUCCAAAGAAAGGUUCUGCAGUUCAGAGGCCACGCAGCCGCACAUUGACUGCUGUACAUGAGGCAAUGCUAGAAGAUGUUGUCUUACCUGCUGAGAUUGUUGGGAAGCGCACUAGAUAUAGAAUUGAUGGAUCAAAGAUAAUGAAGGUGUAUUUGGACCCCAAGGAGCGAAAUAACACAGAGUACAAGCUUGAGACGUUUUCUGCAGUUUACCGGAAGCUUGCUGGAAAGGAUGUCGUGUUUGAGUUCCCAGUGACGGAGGCAUAGAUAGUCCUUUUUAAGUGUUGUGAAACCUUAUUUCUGGUUAAAAUUUUGACAUUUUUAAGAGUUGGUAAGCAAAGUCAUAUGGAUUAUAUUUCCUUGUUAUGAUUUAGUUUGUGGUAUGCAUUGGGAUGGUGUAGGAUUGAGCUUAAAAUGGUUAUUAUUGUUUGACAAA